UCGAAGGCAACGGUUCGCAAUCGCGGCUGCUGGAAAAACGGAUAAGAACGCCGACAAUGUUGUUUGCCAUGUUCACACGCGAAUAAUUUCGUAUUGCGAAUUUUGUUUUGCAAACUGUGAAAAUGCAAUCGAAGCAUCGAAAAAUAGUGCAAGAAGUUGCAUUUUAAACAAUAAUCGAGUACGAAACUCAACUCUUUCAACAGUCAACGAACUGUCAUCGAAGCCAGAAGGGCGAAAGAGACGGAAGAGCCAGCGAGAGGGAGACAGAGAGGGCGAGUCUCUUAUCCGCCUCUUAAAAAUUUGCAUAGAAAAACCCGACACAAAAAGCAGCAACAUCCAGGAUGUCGCACGAAACAGCAGUCUCAGCAGGAGCAAAUUCUACAGCGGCGGUGUCCUGUGCGGAUAACUCCUCGAAGGUGGAGGUCAUCGUGUACACCACCAAGUCGGACAAGACGCUCAAGCAGAACAUGAAUGCCAAGGAUGAUACGCUCAGGAAGCGUACCUCCCUGAUCAUUGUGCCCCAGCAGGUGGACGUUGAGGAGCAGGAUGCGACGACAAAGGUCAGGGACAAUGGGAAUCGCAACUCAACGGCCAGCAUGGAUAGCUGCGUCUCGAACACGACCAGUCAGAGCAAUCAGUCGAGUGGUGGUGGCUCCAGUUCCUCGACAAGCAGCAGUGGCAGUGGCAGUGGCAGCAGCAGCAGCAGCAGCAGCAGUGGCUCCGAGGAUGCCCACGGUGCCUACCAGGAUCUGCAGAACGGCAAUGCUGGCCAGGAUCUGCACUCACCGUCGCCGGUGCCCAGGUGCCACUCGUCCACCAGCUCAUCCUCCGCCUCGGAGUCCACCUCGUGCUCCAGCUCAGCGGACUACUCGCUGCGGGAGCAGCUCAAGAACUUUGCCAACCGAAAUGCCGAGGAACAAUUGAGGUCCUCGGGAGCCGCCGUGGAGCCCACCAUCCGCUUGCUCAAGGGCAUGAGUCUUCCGGUGGGCGGCGAUCAGCAGUCGGUGCCCUCGGCCCUCUGCGAUGCCCUGCUCAGUCCCCAGGAGGCUCCCCUGGGACGACGCUACGCCGAGGUGGCCCAGUUCAAAGGUCACCCCAAGGCAAGAACAAGUGAACCGCUUCCCUCUGCUGGUGCCACGCCCUCGUCUUUGGAGGCGUCCUCUGUGGAUGCCGGCAAUUCCCACGGUGGCAACAACAAUAACAUUAACAACAACCACAAUGGCCAGCAACAGUCACAAAAAUCUCAGCAACAGGCGAGCCUCAACGCCAUCAGCAGCAAACUGAAUGUCCUGGCCCAGUCCAAUCUCAAUAACAAUAACACGAGCAGUCAGUCGGGAUCCAUGACACCAGCCUCAAAUCGCACGGGCCUGGACGCGAAUCAGAACCAAAAUCAAAACACAGGCAGCCGCCGGAGCAGCAGCCUCGAUCCGGAUGUGGAUGACGUCGUGGAUGCGUCCCACGGCGGAGCCUUCGAUGAUGACAUGCAGGCCCUCCUGCCCAAGUGCUCGCGUCGGUCCCGGGAUGAGCUCAGUCAGUCGCGCACAUCCUUGGUGUCGAGCUCGGAGGGUGGCAUCCUGGCCGAGGGCGAGACGUCCAGCGAGGACGACGAGGAGGAGCCCGUGGAGGCGGAGGACGAGGACGAUGGCGAGGAGAGCAGCCGCGACUCCAGCGACAACUCGCCGCCCUGUGACCUGGGACUCAUGGAGCGCCUCCUGCUGACCCAUCCGAUGUGGUUCCUGCCGGGCAUCCAGCGAUCCGGGGCCGUUCAUCUGCUCCAGGGCAAGGAGGAGGGGACCUUCAUUGUUCGUGGUUCCAGUCAGCCCAACACGAUGGCAGUUUCGGUGAGACUUCCCCAGGACACGGGACCCUACAUCGAGCACUAUCUCAUUCAGUCGCACGACAAUGUCCUUAGCUUGGAGAGCUCCCGUUUCACAUUCGGCUCGAUUCCCCUGCUGAUUGCCCACUACGCGCAAUGUUGCGAUGAGUUGCCGGUGCAGCUGAUGUUGCCGCGUGUCCUGCGGGAGGCGAACAACCGCAAGAAACUCAGCUCGCUGGCCCUACUUGGCCAGGAGUUCUGGAGCUAUGCCAGCAGUCCGGCCCUCCUUGGUCCACCCACGCCGACGGUGGCUCCCGCGAAGGAUCAGCACCACCUGCUGGAUGCCAAGUCGCCGCUGUCACUUACCGAAACCAGUGGCCUGGGCACGGCCACGUUUUUCAGCGAUGCCCUGGCCAAGCCACCGCCCACCGGGGCCCCGCCCCUUCCGGGCAGCAGUCUCUUCAGCCCCACCGGCAGUGGCCAGCUGCUGGGCUUCUUCAGCCAGGCGGGCACUCCGUCGGACACCACAAACUCGAGUUUGAGCUCCUUCACCACCAGCGGGGGUCAGCACCUGCAGCUGCUGAGUCCGAAUUCCGUGGACUCGGUGAUACUCACCAUGUCGCCGGUGGACAAUCCGGGGCAUUAUUUGCCAGGAUCUGGUUCAUUGGCACCCAUCUGCCCCUUGGUGGGUGACCAGCAGCUGAGCACAUUUAAAAUGGCACAAACAGCACCGGAACAAGUGGAUCAAGUGCGUCCGCAGCGACCGAAGCCACCGAAUACAUUGAAUCUCAAGCCACCGGCGCCACCGAUGCGAUGGUCCAAGCCGCACUCACCGGAUCAUCAGAGUGUGGGGGGAAAUGCUAAUGCUAAUGGUAAUGGUAAUGGUAAUGGUAAUGGAAAUUUCACGGUCACCACCACGGUUACCUUUUCGAUGGAGAACGGCGUGGGCGGAGGAGGCAGUGGUGCGGCCGGAAAUGGCAAUGGCAAAUUCGUGGAGGUGACCACACCGGCGGCCAGCAAUCCCUUCAACGCACUGCUCAACGGCCAGGCCAGCACUUUUCAGACAUUCGCCAAGCGACUGUCGCCGGAGGGCGAGUGCAAGGACACUCUCUCCUCGCAGGGAUCCUCCUCGAAUGAUGGCCGCUGGCCGCCCACGGGUCGCAAGCUGCUCGCCUCUCCACUCACCCCGUUGACGCCCAGCGGUGGCAGCAGCAGCAGCGGCGGCAAGACCAGGAAAUCCCGCGCGGGCAAGGAAUCAAAGCACUACAAGGAGUCGGACAUCCUGGAGAGCCCGCCGCAGCAGUACUGCGCCAGUGCGCUGAGCGACAAGAUCAGCGACUACGAGGACGUCUGGUCACACGAUCCCAGUGACCGGGCCAGCCUCCUCACCACUUUCCGCCCGGCCACGGAUUCGAUGGGCGGCGUGAUGAACCGGCGGCCCGAUCUGCUGGCCGAGACACCGAGCACGCCCACACCAACGCAGUCGUCGCACCUGACGCCCUGCGAGGAGGAAACCACAGCCACGCCCAACGAAAGCUCGAGCCAAUCUCUGCUGCAGUUCCCGGGCGAUAUUCCAGCCCGCUCCCGAGCCGGUCUGCUCCUAGCGAAUCUACCGGGUGGUCAGGCGCCAGCAGCCGCCAUGACCCAAUCCCUGACGGCGGCCGUCGAAGAUGGGGGCGAUACCACGCCCACGGCCGAGGGACAGAGCCACGGAGCCAGCAGUCGCAGCAAGCAGGGCAGCCCCUUCUAUGCGGAACCGGCGGAUGCACUGCGUCAGGCGGGCCUGACCAGCGCAGCCACCGCCAUUCUGAGGCGCCCGCCUCGCAGCCAAGCGCUGCACGCCAGCCAAAGACACUCGGAACCACUGAAACCGGGCUCCGGAAUAUCGGGCAAUGGGGCAAUGUUGCAGCCCAGCGAGCUGGAGAAAUUGGCCGGCAGCCUGGACGAGCUGAAGCCCAAGCCGAAGGCUAGUCAGCUCCAGCUGCAGCUGCAGCUGCAACAGCAGACACAACAGCAGACACAACAGCCCACCAAGCGGCCGCACAAACGGACCGACCAAUGGCCACUGGACAGCAGCUGGGAGUUUAUGGCCAAGCAGGAGACAGGAAGCCAUGCUGGCGGGGAUUACGAUGCGGCGGUCAUCGACUGGCAGGAGAAGGAGAACUCGCUGGGCAGGGAGGGCAGUCGAAAGCGCACGCUGACCAUCCACCAGAUCAUCGCCAAGCGACUGCCCGACCUCAAUUUGCCGGAACUGGUGCGCUGCUCACCGCCGCUGCAGCCGCAUGUCCUGGGGCAGGAUAAGGUCGGACUCGGAAUCGGACUCGGAACCGGACUCGGAUUUGGAGUGGGAGUCGGGUGCAGCGAUGGCAGCCAGAACGGUUGCAGACUAUCCUCCUACGACAACGUCUUCUGCCAGAACUCAUUCGCAGGCAUUGAUUCGGCCCAGUCCGACGAUGGAACCAUCUUCUCGGAGCCCUGGGAUUCGUCCCAGUGGGACACCUUUAUGCCCCACGAUGAUGCCACCAUCAACUCGGACACCAUCCAUCUGUCCAAGUGCCGACCCGCUCUCUCCGAGGACGACACGAUCAUCGAGGAACUACAAAGCACCAAAGACGGCAGCAAUGCCAGCUGCAACCAGGACACACUCAAGGCCAACCGGAACGGUGCUGGACACCACAAGCCCAACAAUGCGGGCCACAAUGGCAAGGCCAACAGUCGAACCAAAGUGGCCACAAUUCUGCGAAACCCCAGCAUGCGGGAUCGUGAAGUCUUAUGUCACCCCCGCAACAAGAUGAGCCUACAGAGCAGUGGUCCCGGCGAUUCCCUGCGAGCCUACACCCUCCAGCUGGCCCAGGACCGCUCCACGUUUGCCCGCAACAUCGAGAACUUCAUUUGCUGCACGAAGGAGUCACGUGAGGCGGCGCCGCAGGUGGUGAUGCGCAACAUGCGCCAGUUCAUGAGCGGCAUGAAGAACUAUCUGGUGAAGCACGGCGAGGGCAAGUUCCAUGCCGAACUGGAGACGGCUAGGGCGCGACUGAAGUCCGACGAGUUCCUCAAUCUGGACGCCAUGCUGGAGACGGUGAUGCACCAGCUGGUGGUGCUGCCGCUGCGGGAGCAUCUCUACGGCAUAUUCGUGGAUCACUAUCAGCGCAGCGAGGACAUCCAGCUGUUGGCGCAGAAUGUGCGCUAUGCCUGCGAACGUGAGGCGGCCGACUUCGGGAUCAGGGCCACGGUCACGCCGCCAUCGCAGGCCGCCCUGCGGCUGAUUGCCAACCUGCUGUGGCGCCUCCAGGAGGCCGAACUGCCACUGGACAAGCUUGAGCUCUUCCUGUGCGUCAUCUCCACGGUGUUCGAUGCCACCGGUUGUCCGCGUGGCCAGCAGCUGGGCGCCGACGACUUUCUGCCCGUCCUCGUCUAUGUGGUGGCCAAGUGCGGCUUCGUGGGCGCCGAAAUCGAGGCGGAAUUCAUGUGGGGCCUGCUGCAGCCGACGCUCUUGAAUGGCGAGCCGGGCUACUACCUGACCGCCCUCUGUAGCGCCGUCCAGGUGCUCAAGACCUUCAUGGCGUCCGAGGGCGAGAGCGGCACCGGAUCGUUGGACUGGCGCUCCAGCUGCCUGCCCGCCUGCUCCAGCGUGCUGCGCGUGAUCAUCCCCGACGAGUGCAACGGAUCGCUGCAGACGAGGACGCUGCCGGUGCGACCGCACACCACCACGCGCGAGGUGUGCCGCAUCAUAGCACACAAGGCGCGCAUCACGAACCCGCAGGACUACGCCCUCUUCAAGCUGGUCGACGGCGAGGAGACGCUGCUGACGGACGCCGAGUGUCCGCAGGAUGCCCGACUGGCGGCCAAGGGGAAGCACUGCAUGCUGGCCUACAAGCGGAUCGAUGCCAAGAUCGCCUGGCCCACUGCCCAGCUGGCAGGACACUGAUUCAUUGAUUCACUGGUUCACUGAUCCAAUGAUCCAAUGAUCCACUGAUCAAAUGAUCCACUGAUCCAAUGAUCCACUGAUCAAAUGAUCCAAUGAUCCACUGAUCAAAUGAUCCAAUGAUUCCCUAGGGACAUAUAUACAUACUGCCCCAACACAACCCGCCCCUCUCUUGCUCACUAACCAAGCAUAUUUGAUUAAUAAUUUAUUAUUAUUACAUUAAAAUAUACUUAGUAGCCUGUAAGUAAAGCUAAUUAAUGCUAAUUAGAAAGCAUCUAAUGUGUACUAAACAUCAGUAUUGAGUUAAGUGUGUUUUUUUUUUUCCAAACAUUUUUUUUUUUGCUAAUAAAUAUACUAUGCGAAUAAUA